AUGGAUACAAUGUAUGAUGAUGGUGGUGCUUGUUGUCGUUUUUGCCAAAAUUGUUGUGGUAAUGUUAAAGGCAUUGAAAAAGAAGCUGUUGAUGAUUGUAUUGAAGAUCUUGAUGCUUGUGAUAAAGGAGUUAAUGAUGUGAUAAAGAUCAGUAAAGGAGUGGAUUAUUGUAAUAAAAGAUUUGGAUGA